AUAAGUAAGAAAUAAAAACUAACAGCAUGAAGCUAAAAAGUUAUUAAUAUGAAAUAAGUUUAAACAAUCCAAUUAAUAAUGGUGUAAUAAUGUCAAAAGUGCAUUAAAAGAGUGUAUGUUUUAUCAUUUAAAACAAAAAUGCUUCAGCUGAUCAGCAAUUUGUUUGUGAAAAGAAAAGAAACAAAUCAACGUGCUAUUGGAUUGAGCCUGAUGGCUGUUUCUGGGUUUUUUCGAACACUCGGAAACACUCUUGUGCAAUAUAUUUGCCAUAUUUAUAAAGAUAUAUCAUUGUAUGAACUACUUUGUAUAAGAAGUUUUAUUCAGUUAGUGUUUUGCGUGUUUAUCUUGAUAUAUAAAAAAACUCAUUUAUAUGGCAAUAAAACCCAAAACUUAAUAAGUUUAUUUUUUAUGGGAAUUACAGAAGUUGCAGCUAUAAUAUUUUUUUAUUAUUCUCUUCAAAUGAUACCUGUUGCAGAUGCAACUGUUGUUCACUUCACAUCACCGGUGUUCACAUUAUUUUUCAGUUUUCUAUUCUUACGUAAAGGUUGUAGUUUAAUAGAGAUACUUUGUGGCUGCGUAAGUUUUUUUGGUGUGAUUGUUAUAGCAAAGCCAGAUUUAGUAAUGCUUGAAAAAUGGCAUACUACAAUAGUAAAUCAAACCAGCAACAUUACAUCAGCGUAUGAAACGCCUAAAUAUAUGCUUGGUAGUGUGUUUGCAUUGUUAGCUUCCGUGGCUUUAAGCUUAUAUUUUGUAUUAAUUAAAUUGAAUAGCACAAAGUUAGAAAUUGUACUAAAUGUUUUUUAUCCGAGUUUAAUAGGUGUAAUUAUUUCUCCAAUCGCUAUCAUUUUAAAGCAUGAUCAGCUCUCUGAGUUGCAUCAGAUUAAAGCAUAUCAUUGGUAUAUAAUAGUUGUUAUUGGUUUGACUUCUUUCAUUGGACUAAUGUUGAUGGGAAGUUCGUUACAGUUGGAGGAUGCAGCACCUGCUGUUUUGAUACGUAACUGUGAUAUACUGUAUGUAUUUUUGUUGCAAUAUUUAAUAAUGAAUAUUCCACCAACAAUCAAUGCUUUGUUUGGGUCUUUGAUUGUUUUAAUAGCAUCGAGUAUUGUAUUUAUCCAUAGAACUUUUAGCUUGCAACAAAAUUGCUGUAGCAAAUGUCAUUGCCACAAAAGUACAAAUGACGAGAAGACUCAAGUUGAGGAAGAAAAACGACUCAUAUUAACUGCAUUUGAUGAAGCAGACGAAUAGUUACAUAAAUUAAUAAAUAUGAAGAGCAAU